AUGGAGCUGAUCCCAAGCUUUUCCGUGGAAACCUGGGUUCUCCUGGCUACCAGCCUGGUGCUCCUCUAUGUAUAUGGGACUUAUUCAUAUGGACUUUUUAAGAAGCUAGGGAUUCCUGGACCAAGACCUGUGCCCUAUUUUGGAAGUACUCUGGCCUACCACAAGGGUAUUCCAGAAUUUGACAAUCGGUGUUUUAAAAAGUAUGGGAAAAUGUGGGGGUUUUAUGAAGGUCGACAACCUAUGUUGGCUGUCACAGAUCCAGAUAUAAUCAAAACAGUACUAGUGAAAGAAUGUUACUCUGUCUUCACAAACCGGAGGGUUUUUGGUCCAAUGGGAAUUAUGAAAAAUGCCAUCUCUCUGGCUUGGGAUGAACAAUGGAAGAGAAUACGGACGUUGCUGUCUCCAGCCUUCACCAGUGGAAAGCUCAAGGAGAUGUUCCCCAUCAUUGGCCAGUAUGGAGAUGUGUUGGUGAGGAACCUGAGGAAGGAAGCAGAGAAAGGCAAUCUGGUCAACAUGAAAGACAUGUUUGGAGCCUACAGCAUGGACGUGAUUACUGGCACAGCAUUUGGAGUGAAUAUUGAUUCCCUCAACAACCCACACGAUCCCUUUGUGGAAUAUAGCAAGAACCUCUUAAAAUUUAGACCCUUCGAUCCACUCAUUCUUUCAAUAAUAUUAUUUCCAUUCCUCAACCCAGUUUUUGAAAUAUUAAACAUUACUCUGUUUCCAAAAAGUACUGUGGACUUUUUCACAAAAUCUGUAAAGAAGAUUAAAGAAAGUCGCCUCACAGAUAAACAAACGAAUCGAGUGGAUUUACUACAGCUAAUGAUUAACUCUCAGAAUUCCAAAGAAAUUGACACCCAUAAAGCUCUAUCUGACAUAGAACUCGUGGCCCAAAGUAUUAUCUUUAUUUUUGGUGGCUAUGAGACCACUAGCACUACUCUUUCCUUCAUUAUAUAUGAAUUGGCCACUCACCCUGAUGUCCAGCAGAAGCUGCAGGAGGAAAUUGAUGCAACUUUCCCCAGUAAGGCCCCUCCCACCUACGAUGCCCUGGUACAGAUGGAAUAUCUUGACAUGGUGGUGAAUGAAACUCUGAGAAUGUUUCCAAUUGCUGGGAGACUGGAGAGGGUCUGUAAGAAGGAUGUGGAAAUCCAUGGGGUGUCCAUUCCCAAAGGGACAACAGUGGUGGUGCCACUCUUCGUUCUUCACAACAACCCAGAGCUCUGGCCAGAGCCUGAGGAGUUCCGUCCUGAAAGGUUCAGUAAGAAGAACAAGGACAGCAUAAAUCCUUACAUCUACCUGCCUUUUGGAACUGGACCCCGAAACUGCAUUGGCAUGAGGUUUGCUUUCAUGAACAUAAAACUCGCUCUCGUCAGAAUGCUUCAGAACUUCUCCUUCAAACCUUGUAAAGAAAUACAGAUCCCCCUGAAAUUAUACACUCAAGGACUUACGCAGCCAGAACAACCUGUUAUUCUAAAGGUUGUGCCUAGAGAUGGGACCACAAGUGGAGCCUGA